AUGCCCUUCACGUUCGUUCACGAGACUUCACGAUCUGCUGCCGAAGGCUCACUCCCCGAGGUUCCCUCUAGAGGACGGAGCCAUGUAUGCGAAGUAUGCGAUAAACAUUUCAAGAGAAGUGAGCACCUUUUGCGACACGUACGAGCGCAUCGGCAAGAAAAGCCAUUCAGAUGCAGAUAUUGCCCAAAGGGCUUUGCGAGAAAAGAUCUCUUGACUCGACAUGAGAAGACCUUGCACGCCGCUGAAUACAAAGAGCCUGAAAAUCACUCCCAGCGAGGCCAACGGAAAAACUCGAAACGUCACUAUUCCAAUUCCUCUGGCAGUCUCAUUAAACCCCCUCCAAGUGGCGAUAAGGAAACAACGCACAAUAUCGGUGACAGCCAAACAAUCGAAAUUUCUGUACGGGGAGACCUUGUUGCUGGUUCUUUUCAUGGACUUAGUCCUACAGGAGACGCUGUGAGCGCAACCAGGGGCCCGUUGAAUAAUUUCAAUCCUCAAACGGCCGUUUCACCCUUUUAUUCCGGAUUCGAUAUUGAUAUAACACCACAACAGCAAACCAGCCUCCUUGACACAUCUCUGCCUGUACUUGGCUCCAUUCCGCCUAGCAACAACCAUGGAACUACGGUUGAUCAAACUCAAGCAGAAGAGCAAAGUAUGCCAUCGCCGCCCAGAUCGUCCAAAGACACUGAUGAUCAGCUGCAAAGUUUCCCCAUGCCGCCAGACCUAGAGAACCCUGGCUUUUUCACUAUGCUUGAUGACUCCCUGUUCGCACAAGUGCUGUUUCCACUGGAGUUGAUGGAUUUCGAAAUCUCUCCACAAUCGUUCGAACACGAUGGUGCCGUCUCAAGCACAAAUCUUGAUGCUCCAUUGAGUACAGGAGAAAACAUGCAACAGGACCGCAUUAGCACAGAUUUCAGCUCAGCGCUCGACCAAAAUACUGGACAGGCUAUUCCUCCACCAACUUCCGGCCGGAAAGGCCGCAAGGCGAAGCGGGCAGCGAUCGACGAUGCUAUCAAGGCGAUAUUACUGGAUGAUCUACGAAACAAUUACAGAGUCGCUGAUGAGCAAUUAAGGAAACUUCCCAGCGCUCGAGUCUUGGAUAAUUUUCUCUGGAAAUUCUUCCAAUGCUUCCAAAGACAUCUUCCAAUAUUCCAUGUCCCAACUUUCAGUCCAGCAACAACUGCUGGCCCUUUGCUGUUGGCAUUGUGUUCAAUCGGAGCGCUUUACAGUCUCAAUCGUAAGCAUGGUAGUCUUCUUCGCCUGAUCGCAAGCGCUGCCAUUAGCUCUGUCAGGCCAGGCAAGUAUAGGGGACAACAAGCUCCUUUGGAACCAAUUUGGCAGACACAGUGCAACCUUCUCAUCACCUUUGGAGCGAUCUUUGGAGGUAGCCUAGGAGAUGCAACUGAUGGCUUAUCGGAACUAGGCUUAGCUAUACGGCCCUAUGCUUUACGCCGUGGAAUGCUUUCCACUCAAUCACUUGCUGAAAAUGUCUCCACGUGGGAGGACUGGAUCAACUACGAGUCAGCAAAAAGGCUCCUUUGCGGCAUAUACAUUGCCAGUAGCCUCAAUUCCGCCACAUACGACAUUUCGCCUGGCUUCUCCGGUUCUCGGGAUCUGAAUUUUGAGAUACCCAUCGAAGAAUCCAUCUGGGAAGCUGAGACGAGGGAGGAAUGGCAACAACUCAUGAACAUCCAGCAACUCGAGAAGCCCGCAACUAUUAAUGCUGUGCUGAAUCAAAUUGUCUUUGGGAAAGAAACAAGGUAUUCAACACAGACCUUUGCUAAUAUUGGUGCUUUUGCGGCCACGGUGGUCCUGCAUGGUGUCAAUGUUCACAUGUACUAUUUGGCCCAGAGUAUGUCAUCUCUUAUGGUAGUCAAUGUUGAACCAAACCUUGGAUCUGCAAUGAGGCUCUCACAUCAUACUCAGACAGAAGUGGCACUUAGCAGGUGCCGGGAAUUUCUCAAGGCAUGGCAGCUUGCGCACGAUGAUUCACAACAAAACCGACACGAGGAGUCCUUGAUAUUUAAUUGCCAAUCACUACUACGACUAUCUUAUGUCCGAGUCUUUAGCGGUAUACAGCAAUUCAACCGCACUACGCUUCUGUACGAGGACACUGCUGCUAUUCUGAUGGCAGCCAACUCAUACGUGACUGCACCUCAGUCUCGCAAUGCUUUCUUGACCAAGGCUGUGGAACAGGUCAUGUUUUGCUUCACGGUGCCUAUCCGGGCCGGGCACAUGACGACCAGGAAGACAGCUGCUUUCACAUGGAGCAUUGAACACGCUGUUGCUUCGUGGGAAUGCAAUCUCUUCCUGAGCAAAUGGGUUCACACAGUCGAGAUUCAGGAGAGAGAUGUACCACUGAGUCAAGAAGAGAAGGCGCUACUUGAGACGCUAAAGGAAGCUUUGCAAGACGCAGACAGUCCCUACGAUGACCAGAUAUCACUUGCAGCUCAAGUAACACGGACGUGGGCGUUGUUUAUGGAUGAUGUUUGGGUAUGGGAGAUCACAUUACGCAUGGGAAGCGUGUUACGACAGGUCGCUGAUGUCUACGACCAAUCAUGGCAGCAGCACCGGAUAUGUAAUCCUCCGUGA